AUGGCGCUGAAGCGCGUCGUCGUCUUCGGCGGCAACGGCUUCGUCGGCAGCGCCGUGCUCCAGCGGCUCGCCGGCGUCGCGGGCGUCGAGGCCGUGAGCGUGUCGCGGUCCGGCUCCGCGCCGGCGCACGCGGCGACCUGGGGCGACGCCGUGGACUGGCGCGCGGGCGACGCGCUCGACGCGGCGACGUUCGGCGACGCGCUCGACGGCGCGGCCGCGGUCGUCGCGAGCGUCGGGACGCCGCCGCUGCCCGGCGCGGACCGGCGCGACAACGGCGAUACGGUCCGCGGCGUCCUCGCCGCGGCGGCCGCCGCCGGCGUGCCCCGCGCGGUCGUCGUCGGCGCGACGAUGCCGCCCUGGCUCGGGUCCCUGCCCCCGCCGAACGACACGCCGAUGGGCAUCAUUAUUCCGUUCCCCGUGUGCCGCGUCGGCGUGUCGAGCGAGCGGAAGAAGAAGCUCGAAGCGCUCGCGCGCGCGCUGCGCGAGGCGCGCGACGGCGGCGCCGACGCCGCGCGGCUGCUCCGCGACCUCUUCUCCGCGCGCGUCGAGUUCAACGAGAUCGCGGGCCUGGACCUCGGCGGCCGCGACGGCGUCCUCGAUUCGCUGCGGAAGACCGGGUCCGACGGCCAGCGCCGCGCGGCGAAGCGGCUCAUCAACGCGUGGAAUCGCAUCGUCGUCGACGGCCGGGCCGUCGAGGAGCGGCUCCGGCGCGCGGCGACGAAGCGCAAGGCCGCCGGGGUUUCGCGGCGCCGCGGCGGCGAGGAGGAGGAGGAGGAGGAGUGGCGCGACGACGCGCCGGUUUCGCCGCCGCGGCGCCGGCGGCGCGGGGACGACGCCGCCGCCGAGGCGCCGGAGGACGACGACGACGAGGACGACGUCGCCGUCUUCCCCGGCGGCGAGGAGGCGGAGUGGUCCGAGUAA